GGAACGCGGUAUACAAACCCACCGUUAUCUGUCUCUUUCCAUCCGCCACCAUUCACCGCCAACUCUUCCGUCGCGCCCUCUCCAAGUUCGCAAUGGGAGAUACCUACGUGAACUUCUUCGGAGGGUCUCCUCUUAACCGGCUCGCCUGGUUACGCACAUCACAGCCCUUCCUCAACGCCAUCGCCCACGCACCCGCAACGCGCUGGGUGCUCUUCAAGGACGGCCAGCCGCUCGUGCAAUCCAAGCCGAGCGCUCCGACCCUAUCGCUCGCCCGGCUGACGACGAACGACGUGAAGGCGCUCUUGGGUCCGGAACCUUAUUUCGCGCAAGGGCAGCACGCAGGAGACCUCGCACCGGCGGACGUGCCUGCGCUCGAGGCCGCUCGGCUGCGCGGGAACGGAGUCGUGUUCCUAGGGCUACACGAAACGAACCGUUCGCACGCGGACGCGCUGCCGUCAUCCGACUUCAGUGCGAAGACAAGCGCAGACGUCGUGCUCUCGAACAUCAAGGGCACCGCGUACUUUUCGCUUGACGUAUCCACUGUCGCACAGAGCGAGCUGGACGAGACGCUGCAGAACGCGGCUGCCGCGAAGGAGGGCGACCGGAUCGUGUUCUCGGAGCCGAGGACGGCCACGGCGAGCUUCGACGCGUUCGAUGCCGCGGUAUUCGCGGAGGCGCGCAGCAUGACGGAUUGGAACGCGCGCAACAAGUUCUGCCCCGGAUGCGGGUCGCCCGUUCACUCGCUGUGGGCCGGCUGGAAGCUCUCGUGCUCGUCGCUCCUCCCAUGGGCGGCAAAUCCCGCGGGCCAGAAGCCGUGCAUCACCGCACAGGGCCUGCACAACUUUGCACACCCGCGCACGGACGCCGUGGUGAUCAUGGCGGUGAUUGACGAGACAGGCGACAAGAUCCUCCUCGGCAGGAAUAAAAAAUGGCCGGGGAAGUUCUACUCGUGUCUUGCAGGCUUCAUCGAGCCGGGCGAGACCUUCGAGGACGCGGUGCGGCGUGAGCUGUGGGAGGAAGCGGGUGUGAAGGUGUGGAAUGUCCGCUACCACUCCACUCAGCCAUGGCCAUACCCUGCCAACUUGAUGGGCGGUUUCUAUGCGACUGCGAGUUCUUCCGAGCCACUUCGGGUGGAUCUCGACAACGAGUUGGAAGAGGCACGCUGGUGGACGCGCGACGAGAUUCUCUCUGUCCUUCACCAUCGGGACGGCACGACGCUCUCCCAGAGGGACCGCCGGGAGCUCUUCACGGCAACCGAGAAUCUCAAGCCUACCGAGCAGCCGCCCGCCACGAGUGGCGCCAACCCACUGGCCGGAGACGCGGUGAAAGAGGGAGAGAAGGCAGCGGUAGACGCAGCGCGCGAGCUGUCCACAGGGCCUCUUUUCAAGAUGCCCCCUGUGACUGCGGUCGCAGGCGUGUUGAUAAACGAGUGGGCGCACGGAAGAGCAGGCUUCCAGCCGGAAUCGCCGAAGCUCUAGCCCGCGGCUUCCUGAAGCCAUCCGUCCAGAUCCAUCCAGAUAGACUUGCAGUGCACAGCGGGCGGAACGAGGUGGGGGAUGAACUCGGAAUUCUGAAUGGGCGAUGUACAGAUGAAUGAGCUUAUACAACAACAAUCACGCGCGGUCAGGUGUACGUUAUACCACAAAUACAAGACGAUGGCCAGAUAUAUCUAGAGGGAACGUGGGCGGGCGCUGGGAGGCGCGUUCACAGGUGCAGGGUGCCCGCUGGGGGUCGUAUCUCCGGCCUCCUGGCAGUAGCAGGGCCGCGGGCGGCUCGGUUGCGAAUAGACAGGCGACAACGGACGUUCAUCGAGGCAGAUCCAGCCCGACCCAGGGGGCCCAUAAGUAGAACACACGGCGGCGGUACCACGACGCGAGCCAGCGGGGAUGUAUGCGUUAUGCGGUUCCACCACGCGGCCGCUCGUCCGGGCGGUACGCCCAGAUAUUGGAGCUGGCCAUGGGACCGGACGGACGCCAUACCACCACGUCGUCGCCGUCCUCCAGUGUGCGGUCGUAUGCGGAUGCACGUGAGUGCGCAGCCGUAGACGGCUCGCUGCGCGCGUGGCGGCCAUCCGCCGCCGCUGUAGGGCGUGUCGCGGACAGCGUGGACGGGCUCGCCGGUGAGCGCAACUGCUGCUGGUACUGCUGUUGCUGGCCAUGGCCGUACUGCGGGACGUGGAGCGAGAGUGGCGGCGGCGCGCUCGCGGAGGGGUGCAGGCUCGGGCGGGUCUGGACGCUCGACAAAAGAGAACGCUGGUGGGGCUGUUGCCGCUGUUGGGUGCUUAGGCCCACCUGCUCUUCUUCCUCCGCAAGCCGUCGGACUUCACGCUGCAUGCGUCUGACGCGGGUGAUGGCCACCCCCGCGCGGCGCGUCUUCUUCUUCCUGGGCUGGCCUUCCGCGUUCUGGUUUGUGCCUUGUGCAUCGUCUUGCUCGAGGUCGUCCCCGUCUGCGCCACCGUCCCCAAAGUCGCUUGAAGUCUGGCUCGUCGGAGAAGUCGAGAGCGGAGUUCCGGGCAUGAUGCGUUCGCCAGCGAUGGCAUCAGUGCCCCUCCUCGUGGGGACGGGCAGUCGGGGGGUGCUCGCACCGCCUCUUGAUGUCGUCGCCGAGUUAUUGUUCGCCAUAGUAUACGGAGCAGGAUCAAAGAGCGGCUUGGACGCGGACGCGGGCGUGGACGGGGACUUGGACACAGAGGCGAGUGUUCCCGCG